CCGGGGCUCGGGGUGCUGUCGGUGGCGCCCUGGCUGGCUCUUGAGAAAGGAACCGCUUCUCCCUGCCGGGACUGCUGCCUCCAGGCGGCUGGCCUGUGACGGGCGGGCGCCAGGCUUGCUCCCCCUUCUCCAGCUGCAGCGCACCCCCACUGCCCCCCAUGGCCCGGGCUUGAGGCCACUCCGCUGCACAGCCCGCCCAGGCCUGAGCGACGGCCUUGCACCCCUUUGGCACAGAAAGCCUCGCUCCAGCCCCCGCAGCCCCCCAGCCCCAAGUGCCAGGGGUCCAGCCCAGGCCGCCCAGCACUUCCUGGCCCGGAAGCAGGGGUGUCAGGCCAGUGUUUGGUGCUUCCAUAACCUGGACCGCGUGGACACAAGAGGGGUGUCCUGGGCCACACAGGGUGGACAUGCUUCCUCUCGAGUCAGCACGCGCAUAGCGCAGUGUUGGGCAUGCUGCAUCCGUUGCGCUGGACACGUUGCCAGCUGUGGGGCAACUUAGCUAGGAGUCAUAACCGUUCUGGGGCCGCAGAGCCUUUGAGUGUGUCCCAAAGUCUACACAGAGGACUUGGCCUGUGACUGCCCCCCCACCGGGGGCGCUGUGGUCCACGGGUUCUGGUCAGGAGCCCUGUGGACGCCAGGUGAGAAGCGCGUGCUGUGGCAUGUCGACCUCCUCGCCCAUCUGUCUGCUGGGCAGUCCUUGGCGCUGAACCUAGACCUGCUGCGGCUGGGGGGCACUGAUGUCUGCGCAGUGGGAUCUCGGGCUUGCACCCAGAGGGUUCUGUGCUCUGUGGGGUGAUUCUUGGACCCCUGCCCCACAGAGCAGGCCAAGCUGCAGGGCCCCGGCCCCCAUGCUAGGCAAACAGCAGCUUCGCAAGCGCAUCUUCGUGCAGAGCCAGGCCAGCCCAGGAAGGCCCUCUGAGCUGGCCAAGUGAGAAGGCUGCUCAGCCGGGCGUGAGUGCAGCUGGGCCAGAGACAGGCCUGGGCCACAGGGUGGGAGCUGGGGCUUGAAAUCCGUGCUGGGGGGUUGGGCAGGGGUGCCUAUGCUCUGGAGACCCAGGCCCUGCAGGGGGCUUCCCCUUGCCCAGGGCCCUGUGGGCCAGGCCACCCGUGGGAAGGAGGCUGGGCCUGGAGGGUCAGGUCCACACUGGAUGUGUCAACUCCCUGAGCUGAGGCAUGAGCCUUUGUUUUUUAAUAAAUUUUCAGGGUUUUGUGAAAUCUUUCCCCUGCCUUGUCCCCCCAUCCUAGAGCCUCAGCCUUGCUGCGCUGCCCACGUGCUCAGACGCCCUCUGUUUUCAUGGAAGUGGCUGCUUUUCUCCAUCUUUCUACUGAGGUGGUGCGGCCGUGUCUGCUCCCCUCCCAGGCAGCCUUGGGCCUGGCCUGCUGGGGCACCUGCGCCGAGCUCUUUAGGGUGAAUCCGGCUGUCGCCGGGCAGCGUCUUGGGGUUCACACCUGUCCUGUAAGCAGCCAUCUGUUGCCCCCGGAGGACGAGUGACACUGACAUCAUCCAGCCAGGACCAUGAGCGAGUUCCGGAUCCACCACGACGUCAACGAGCUGCUGAGCCUGCUGCGCGUCCCGGGUGGCGACGGGGCCGAGGUCUACAUCGACCUGCUGCAGAGGAACCGCACCCCCUACGUCACCACCUCUGUGUCAGCACAUGGUGCCAAGGUUAAAAUAGCAGAGUUUUCGCGUACUCCCGAAGACUUUUUGAAGAAAUACGAUGAACUAAAGUUAAAAAAUACCCGGAACCUUGACUCCUUGGUCUACCUGUUGUCCAAGCUUACGGAAGACAAAGAGACUCUGCAGUACUUGCAGCAGAAUGCCAAGGAGAGGGCGGAGCUUGCAGCCACGGCUGCCGCCAACAGCACCCCUAGUUUCGGUGCCCCCGCAACAGCCUCUAAGAUCUCCGCGCAGGAGCUGGAGGAAUUGAGGAAGCAGCUGGGCAGCGUGGCCACCAGCUCCACUCUGCAGCAGUCCUUGGCGCUCACGAGGAAGGCGCUCCGAGACAAGCAGAGCAAGAAGAACUCGGGCCUGCACCUGCCGGUCUUCCCGGCAUGGGUGUACGAGAGGCCAGCGCUGCUUGGGGACUUCCUGGCGGGCGCAGGCCCGGAGGACACAGCGGUGCCCAUAGGCUCGCUGCCCCUGGCUGCACAGGAGUCGGCCCUGGUGGAGGACCUGCUCUACGUGCUGGUGGGUGUGGACGGCCGCUAUGUCACUGCCCAGCCCCUCACUGGGAGGCAGGGCCGGACCUUCCUGGUGGACCCCAACCUCGACCUGUCCAUCAGGGAGCUGGUGAGCAGGAUCCUCCCGGUGGCCGCCAGUUACUCCACUGUGACCAGGUUCAUCGAGGAGAAGUCUUCCUUUGAGUACGGGCAGGUGAACCAUGCCCUGGCGGCCGCCAUGAGGACACUGGUGAAGGAGUACUUGAUCCUGGUCACCCAGCUGGAGCAGCUGCAGAGGCAGGGUCUGCUGUCCCUGCAGAAGCUCUGGUUCUACGUCCAGCCGGCCAUGCGUACCAUGGACAUCCUGGCCUCCCUGGCCACAGCCGUGGACAAGGGUGAGUGUGGGGGUGGUGCGACCCUCAGCCUCCUGCACGACCGCAGCCUGAGCUAUACGGGCGACAGCCAGGCCCAGGAGCUGUGCCUGUUCCUCACCAAGGCUGCCAGCGCGCCCUACUUUGAGAUGCUGGAGCGGUGGAUCUACAGGGGCAUCAUCAACGACCCGUACAGUGAAUUCAUGGUGGAGGAGCACGAGUUGCGCAAGGAGAAGAUCCAGGAGGACUACAACGACAAGUACUGGGACCAGCGGUACACGGUGGCGCAGCGGCAGGUGCCUUCCUUCCUGCAGAAGAUGGCGGGCAAGGUGCUCAGCACAGGAAAGUACCUGAACGUGGUCCGGGAGUGCGGUCAUGACGUCACCUGCCCCGUGGCCAAGGAGAUCGUCUACACGCUGAAGGAGCGGGCGUAUGUGGAGCAGAUCGAAAAGGCCUUCAAUUAUGCCAGCAAGGUGCUGCUGGACUUUCUGCUGCAGGAGCAGGAGCUGCUGGCGCACCUGAGGUCCAUCAAGCGCUACUUCCUGAUGGACCAGGGGGACUUCUUCGUGCACUUCAUGGAUCUCACGGAGGAGGAGCUGAAGAAGCCGGUGGACGACAUCACACCUACGCGCCUGGAGGCGCUGCUGGAGCUGGCCUUGCGCAUGAGCACCGCCAACACCGACCCCUUCAAGGAUGACCUCAAGAUUGAUCUGAUGCCUCACGACCUCAUCACCCAGCUGCUGCGGGUGCUGGCCAUCGAGACCAAGCAGGAGAAAGCCAUGGCCCAGGCCGACCCCACCGAGCUCACGCUGAGCGGCCUGGAGGCCUUCUCCUUCGACUACGUCGUUAAGUGGCCGCUGUCGCUUAUCAUCAACAGGAAAGCCCUGACGCGCUACCAGAUGCUCUUCCGGCACAUGUUCUACUGCAAGCAUGUGGAGCGGCAGCUGUGCAGCGUGUGGGUCAGCAACAAGGCCGCCAAGCAGAGCUCGCUGCACUCGGCCAAGUGGUUUGCCGGGGCCUUCACGCUGCGCCAGCGAAUGCUCAACUUCGUGCAGAACAUCCAGUACUACAUGAUGUUUGAGGUCACGGAGCCCACCUGGCAUGUCCUGGAGGAGAACCUGAGAGGCGCCUCCAACAUCGACGACGUGCUGGGCCACCACACGGGUUUCCUGGACUCCUGCCUCAAGGACUGCAUGCUCACCAACCCCGAGCUGCUCCGGGUCUUCUCCAAGCUCAUGUCCGUGUGCGUCAUGUUCACCAACUGCAUGCAGAGGUUCACACAGAGCAUGAAGCUGGACGCCGAGCUGGGCCGGCUGACGCUGGAGCACGGCACGAUGCUGGGGCCGCCCACGGAGCCCGAGCUGGCAGAGGAGCGCGCCCGGAAGGAGCUGGCCCGGAAGCACCUGGCCCAGCAUGCAGACGCGCCCCAGCUGGCCUCCGGCUUCGAGGCCACCAUCAGCAAAUUUGACAAGAACUUCUCAGCCCACCUGCUGGACCUCCUGGCCCGGCUGAGCAUCUACAGCACCAGCGACUGUGAGCACGGCAUGGCCAGCGUCAUCUCCAGGCUGGACUUCAACGGCUUCUACACCCGGCGCCUGGAGCGCCUGUCCGCAGAGCGCAGCCAGAAGGCCGCCCCUCCCGCCCCCGGCCCCCGGGGGGCCCCUGCCCCGGCGCCCAGGGUCGCGGUCCCAGCGCAGUGAGACGCCAGCCGCCCUGCCUGCCUGCGG